CUCCUGAGGUAAACAGUAAAAUGAUCCUGCACCUCCGCUUGAUCCGAAAUCGCACCGAUGACCAUGAUCAGCCAGCAUCCAAGACAUGAACUUGCUUUGCGUGGCGUUCUUGACAGCCAACGCUGGCCCAACAGCAUCCGGCAUACCUCAAAAGGUGGACCCGACGCUCACGAUGCCCACAUUUCUCUGUCUGUCUGCGAGCAGAUCGGCACUCAGGCCGACGAUGACCCUGAGGACGAGUAGUCCGAUUGCACAGAACGCUGGGGUUGUUGCCCCACCCCCACCGUACUAGAGCUCCCCCAGAGCUCUUAUGAGCUCAUCCCGCAUUGACAGCUGUAUUG